AUGAGAAAGUUUUUGAGAGACCAAAACUUAAGGGAAUUUGAAUUCCCAGAAGAAUGCGCGCAGCAUUUUAGAGACUUAACAGAUAAAAUUCAUCAGCGCGAAGGCCGUCGAUCGAUGAAUGACGUAAUUGAUAGCAAACUGGCAAUCGACAUUCUUCGAAUGUGUAACGAUAGAAUUCAUGUUGGUAAUGAAUUGUGGUUUUCUCUGGACGGUUAUUCUUUUGGUUCACCGCACGUUAUUAAACAUUUGGAUACUGACGAACAUGAGUACUUGAGCAGGGUUUACACGAUCUUCCUUCCUGGCUUAACAACCAACGAUAUACCUCUUCUUUGUGACAAGUACGCAUCGAUUGCAUUUGCAGGGGAACGAUACGGGUCUACAUUUUCCCGUCUCAAUCGCUUUGCUUACAUCCUAGCAAAGUGGGCAGGAAGAUUCCAUGGAGAUGUUGAUAUUGAAAGUAUGGAUGAAAGGCUGGGUAUCGUCGAUUGCUUUAUACGGCACUCGAUUUCGUAUAAUGAUAAGGUGUAUUCGUUUUGUUUUGCGUACGUUCGCUGGUUUCAGCAUCCAGAGCGGUUCCAUUAUGGUAAUGCUGGAAAUAUGGUAGCGCCAGAGAUUUGGUGCGCAAACAUGUUUGAGUGUUUUGGCCCCGCGUCGUUUAUACCUGUUCAGCGUAUAACACGGAACUUUAUCGCCGGGUAUGAUAAAGUUAAUGACGAAACUGUCUUAUUUGUUAUGCCAUUGGCAAGGCAAAUUCAUCUGUGA